UUCUCUCCAUCCAUCAUGCUUAGAAAAGAGUACAGAGCGUCUUCCGCCUUGUACACUUGGGGUAGAGCCAAAAACUACCGUCUGGGUAGAAGGGGAACAAGAGACGAUAGUUGUCAACCAGAACUCAUUAAAGUGUUUGAAAACUGCGCCAUCCAACAGGUGGCUUGUGGUGGUGGUCACACUCUUGUAUUGUUAGAGGACGGUUGCUUACAUAGUUUUGGAUAUAAUCAAUAUGGACAGUUAGGAAACGGAACAAAGGUCGACUCUCCUUUGGAUGCAAGUAGAGAUAUAUCGAGUCUCUCCAACAAACUGAUUGCUGUAGCUUGUGGUAGAUAUCACUCAGCCGCUCUCGAUGUGAACGGUACAGUCUUCACUUGGGGUGGUGGAAAAAAUGGUAGAUUAGGUCAUAAUGAUGAACAGACUCGGACAAUACCUUGUCGAAUAACACAUUUACCACGUGCUCACAAAAUUUUUUGCGGCUAUCAUAUCACUGCGGCUAUUACAGACGAUGGCUUAUAUACUUGGGGUUGGGGCGAACACGGACAACUUGGUCAAGGUAGUUUAGAAGAUAGUUAUGGACCCAAAAAAGUAAUUUUUGACGAUGCUAAUCUGGCAAUUUCCCAGCUAGCAUGCGGCGAUAGGCAUUGUUUGGUUAGAACAGAAAGUGGUGAUGUUUAUACAUGGGGAAGCAAUGAAUUUGGUCAGUUAGGCAUUGGUCGGUAUAACGAGAUUUAUUCUUCUCCAGUGUUGUUAACGAGCCUUGCUGGAAUGAUGGUAACUUUUGUUGCAGCUGGUGAUAGACAUUCAGCUGCGGUGACUAACACUGGAUCUCUUUUUACAUGGGGCUGUGGUGCAGAAGGUCAAUGUGGGCAUGGCGACUAUAAUGAUUGCGAUAUGCCAUUUUUGGUGGAAUCUCUUGUAGGAGUUUUUAUACUGAAAGUUUUCUGUGGACACAAUUUUACUGUUGCUUUAUCGAAGGAUAAUGAUAUUUAUGUGUUUGGAAACAACUCAUACGGACAAUUAGGAGAUGGAUCCAAAUCAAGUUGUUGUACUCCACGUAAACUAUUUUUUUCGAUUCCCGGAACGAUUGAUAUUACUUGUGGUCAUUUUCAUUGCACUUUGUGGACUACAUUGGAAGAGCAGAAUGAAGAAAAUCAUGUUGAAAUUCGCUCUCGAACGGAGAGCGUGGACUCUUGUACCACUUCAUCUUCGACUGGAAUUUCUGAUGAAGAGCGUAGAUUGAAGGAAAGAAUAUCUAGUUUAAAUGGAAAGCUAACAGACUUGGUUAGUAUGAAUGAAAGGGUUAUUCAUGAGAAUCUUGUUCGACUACAAGAACAGCUGAAGAAAGAUAGAAAUGAAACUCUUGAAGGAAUCCUAUGUGAUUAGAGCGAGUCAAUGCUAUGUAAAACGACCUUUGAAGCAAAAAUGAAGAUUUUUUU